AUGAUGGACGCUUUAUUAACAGAUUCUUAUGAUUAUACAGCAAAGAAAGUAACAACCUCUCAGAAUACACUUAUUAUUAUAUGUGUUGUCUGUUAUCUUUUAAUGUUUAUUAUUUAUUUCGGAUUUUCAAAUCCUGUAAGACACGAACUUAUCUCAGCUGUUGCCUCCGUUAAGUUACCACUGAAGUUCAUUGAUCCAAUCGACCUCUCUGACCAAGCAAAACUGAUGCAAUAUUUACAAGGCGAAUGCGACUACGGAUCCUCUAAAUUUACAGACCAACAGACUGGUGCUCCAUCAGGCGCCACUUUCUUGAACGCUAUGACCGUUCCUUUCGCUGUUUUCGAGUCAGAUUUGAGUCUUCUUUUCGCAAACAACGCUUUUUACAGUCUUUUAAGCACAAGUCGCGAAGCCACUGUUGGUUUACCACUAGACGAGAUCUUUUCCCAUGUUUUACCAUUCAAAGAAAACGAAGAUCAUCCAUUCAACGCACUUUUAGAGGCCAUUCAGCAGUUAAGUCGCGGUGUUGCAGCCCAGAACUUCUGCGAAAUCGUCACAGCGAUGGAAGUCCGCGAAAGAUCGAAUACUCCAGUGAUGAUCAGGUUAAUUGGCGUUUGUGAUGAAAAGAAAGGCGCCGUUCAUGACGAAGACAAAGAUUUCAUUGAAGGAAAGAAUAUAAAGGCAACACAAUACAUUGUCCACAUAAUGAAUUUGACGAAAAAGAAAGAACUCGAAGACAAACUCAAAAACGAAUCCGAUUUAACCCAGAAAUUACUUGAAUACGCUGUAACUAAACAAGUAAUUCGAUCAUUGACGGAACAGGACCAAAUGGUUGCAAAGAUUUACGAGAAGAAACCAUUGUUGGCAUUUAAUGUCAAAGCUGCUUCUGAAGAUGAAGGAAGUGAUGAAAUUUUGUAUGGUUGUCAACUGUUUUUGAGAACGUUUAAAGACAUUGUUACGUCAUUUAGUUCGAUUGCUUAUUUGUGUAAUGAUGCUCCAACGUGGUAUUUCAUUGGAGGACUCGGACAAAAUGAAAAUGACGUGAAAAUUGGUGAAGAAGAAUUGAUUCAAUUCGCUUUGUCAAUUUUGGAAGUUUUCGGACAAAGUAUUUCUAAUAACGCGGCAACUUUGAGUGCUAUUAUUCACUUCGGUGAUUUCGGAGUAAUUCCUCUGAAGAUGGACUUCCCAAGAGUCGAAUUGUCUGUAAAAGAUUUCUUGAGAGUUUCCAAUCUUUCUGAUAAAGGUUUCAGAGGAAAACUGUUUUUGACUGAAGAAGCUCUGGAAGAAGCAAAGGGAGUCAAAGGUUUGGUAUCUCAUAAGAACCCAGAACAGAUCUGCGGUGAGAACGUGUACAUUGUUGAUAAAUUGAAUGAAAUGUCAAUGAAUUUGGAUGAAUUCACCAUCAAAUAA